AUGGUGAGAGAGACAGGGGCACAGCAAACCAGUACCCUCAGCAAAACGAACACUAAAGGCAAAAAGCCUUGGAUAUGCAGGAGUGCCGGUCUCCCACAUGAAGCGCUGCACACCACUCCGGGAGAGCCGCACAUCCCCGUCACUACGUCGGACGGUCCGCGGUGGGGCCUCGCAAAGCCCCCUGUGGGCGACAGCACAGCAGAGACCCAAGAAGCCACACCGCUCCACUACCUCGCAACCAUCUCACCAGCGACAG